CCUCCACGCGCACUUGCCUCCUUCCCCCUUUGUCUGUCUUUCCCAGCGGAUUCUUGUUUCUGGCUUUGCAUUCUAGUCUUCAAGAAACUGUUUAUUGAAGAUCGUUUUGGAUAUAUUUGGAAAUUGGACACGGUAGGUUGCUGGUUCUCACUUCUGACGAGCGGCGGCGAGGAAAGCGUGGCUUUUUGAUACUCGUGCUGACGAGACGCGCGGUAGUCAAGACCGCUAUACUCCAGGAAGGAAGAAUUAGCAAGAACUGUUGAAUUUGGUUUGAAUAUUACUACAAAGUCAGUCCAUUCACCAUCCACCCACACCCACCAUGGCUGCUUCAAAUUACCAGUCCAACCCGCGUAAAUUCUCAUUCAACGUGUCAGAUCAGUAUGAGAUUCUCGAUGUAGUAGGCGAAGGCGCUUACGGUGUUGUCUGCUCCGCUAUCCACAAGCCGUCUGGGCAGAAAGUAGCGAUCAAGAAGAUCACGCCUUUUGAUCAUUCUAUGUUUUGUCUGCGCACACUGCGCGAGAUGAAGCUUUUGAAGUACUUCAAUCAUGAGAAUAUAAUCUCAAUCUUGGACAUCCAGCGACCUAGCAGUUUCGAUCUAUUUUCCGAAGUGUAUUUGAUUCAGGAGCUCAUGGAAACGGACAUGCACCGAGUAAUCCGCACCCAAAAACUAUCAGACGACCACUGCCAGUACUUCAUCUACCAGACCCUCCGCGCUCUGAAAGCCAUGCACAGCGCAAACGUUCUCCACCGCGAUCUGAAACCCUCGAAUCUGCUUCUGAACGCAAACUGCGAUCUCAAAGUCUGCGACUUUGGCCUCGCGCGCUCGGCGGCCUCGACCGACGACAACCAGGGCUUCAUGACUGAAUACGUUGCGACGCGGUGGUAUCGUGCGCCGGAAAUCAUGCUGACGUUUAAGGAGUACACCAAAGCUAUCGAUAUGUGGAGCGUGGGCUGCAUCCUCGCCGAGAUGCUCACGGGCAAACCUCUGUUUCCAGGAAAGGACUACCAUCACCAGCUGACCCUGAUUCUCGACGUGCUCGGCACUCCGACUAUGGAGGACUACUACGCCGUCAAAUCCGCCCGUGCGCGCGAGUACAUCCGCUCGCUCCCGUUCAAGAAGCGCGCGUCCUUCGCCGCUAUGCUGCCGGAUACGAACCCGCUCGCCGUCGAUCUGCUGGAGAAGAUGCUGAUGUUCAACCCUACCAAACGCAUAACCGUCGAAGCCGCGCUGCAGCAUCCGUACCUGGAGCCGUAUCAUGACCCUGAUGACGAACCCACGGCGCCGCCGAUUCCGGAGGGGUUCUUUGAUUUUGAUCGGAGGAAGGAUGAUUUAUCCAAGGAGCAGCUUAAGCAGCUGAUUUACAACGAAAUCAUGGGUGUGUAGUUCAAAGUCUAUACGCAAUAUAAAGCAUACAUUUCACCUCAUGGACUUUCGAUAUAAUCACAGCAGAUGUGAAUGAAGCUGUGGAAUAGUGCUCUGCAGCCUUAAUUUUUGCCGUAGUUGUUGUACCGUUCGUAGUAGAGAUGGAGGAGUAUGAGCUCAAACCAUUUUGAUCGUAAUGGAUCGGUAAAAGGAACUCGAG